GGCGGGUGGGGGGAUGCAGCUCGAAAGGGUGGCGGCAUGGAGGAGCCCUCGCUGGAGGCUCUCAUGCAGGCGGGCCUCAUCUUCGUGGUCGGUGUCGCCAUCAUCCUCUCGAAUCUCCUCAUCAUCGCCACCUACCUUAAUUUCCGUGGUCCCUCCGAGGUGAUAAAUUACUACUUGCUGUCUCUCGCGUCGGCGGACCUCCUUUGCGGUCUGCUGGUGGUUCCGCUCUCGGUGUACCCGGCUCUGGUACGAAGAUGGGUCUACGGGGACAUCGUCUGUCGUCUCGUUGGCUACUUGGAGGUCACGCUCUGGGCGGUAUCCGUCUACACCUUCAUGUGGAUCUCUGUGGAUCGGUAUCUGGCUAUCAGGAAACCGUUGCGAUACGAGACCGUGCAAACGAAAACCCGAUGCCAAUGCUGGAUGGUCUUCACGUGGAUCAGCGUGGCGAUGAUGUGCUGCCCGCCCCUGCUAGGUUUCCAAAAACCGAUCUUCGAUCGCGAGGCGUUCAUCUGCAUGCUCGACUGGGGGAACAUGGCUGCUUACACCAUCACACUGUCGAUCCUAGUGCUAGGUCCGUCGGUCAUCACCAUCAUCUACACCUACUCCUACAUCUUCGUAACGAUGAGGCGGCUGAAAUCCGGCAUGCUGAUGCACGACAAGGAGUACGCGACGGCGCUGUCGGAGAAUUUGAGCAAUCCGAGUCACAUAAUGUCCUUCGUCCUGGUGAUGACUUUCUGGGUGUCCUGGGCACCGUAUGCCGGUCUCCGGUUGUACGCCGUCGUUAACGGGCCGCCACAGGUACCGUUCCUGCACUUCGCAGUGGUAUGGCUGGGAGUGACGAACAGUUUUUGGAAGGCGGUGGUCCUGGGAACGUUGAGCCCGCAGUUUCGGCUGGCGGCUCGCGUGCUCUGUCUGACGCUGUGCUGCCGGCACAGGCGGCUACCGCCGGAGCUGCUCGGCCUCGACGACGAUGAUUAAUAAAGAAAAGAAAAAAAGAAAACGCCAAAACGCCUACGAGAACAAGAGGGGAAACGCUUUACUUUCGCGCGCGCGCGAGCGCGCGUGUGCGCGCCCCAUUCCUAGAGCAUCGCUUUUCAUCUAUUUUCUCUCUCUCUCUCUCUGUCUCUCGAGCUCGCGUUGCCGUGCCCGCCACUCGGGGAGUCACCUUCGACGGCUGAGACUGAGAUACUUUUUUUUUUAGACGUCUACGCGACGUCCAGGCGAUUCGCAGAUCGAAUCAAGGGAAUAUCGAUGGGUCAUAGAAAACGCUAUACGUAAUGUUCGUUAAUUAAUUUUCCGUUUUACUUCUCUUAAUUUAUUGUAUUCUAUUUUAUACUGCGUACACGUAUAUUUGUUUGUAGCCCACUCGAACAAUAUUUUUACUACCUCCUAUAUUUAUUGUUGUUCACAAUAUAUUUAUGCAUUCAAUUAUAUAUUUCGUUAUCAAUAUAUUUACCUUUAAUGUAAACCAUCGAUAUCGGAUGUGAAUCACGAGACGAACCAUUUUCUUUCGACCAUAGGUACUUUUUUGAUGACUAAUAAUGUUCUUAUGUCAUAACUACUUUCUCUUCUUGAAACGACGAGAAACGAAUUCCUAGCCCGCGUAGAAUAAAGCAAAGUGUAUCCUAGAGGAAUCAAUGAGCAAUCGAGCAGAUGAUAAUAAAACGCAACUACAAAAGACUAAA